AUGGAAACAUUUCAUACUGAACGUAAUUUUCGUCAAGAAAAUAACAAAUAUAAACGACAUAAAUCAAUGAAACACCUUCAAAAUAAUAAUGAUAAUGAUUAUAAUGAUGAUGAACAAGAACAAUGCUUGCAAAAUCAAUCAUCUAUUAAUAAUACCCAUUCAUUUUCUUCCAGUUUUAGACAUUCUCUACGUCAAUUAACAUCAUGCGCUUCAGCAAGACGAAAACCCGGUCGCAAUUCAAAUCAUAAUAAGCAUGGUACAUCAACAACUGACACACUUAUUACAUAUAAAGAUGAACAACGAAAUUCAUCAAAAACCCUUUUACCAUCAACAAAAUCAUCAUCAUCAUCAUCACAGAAACAACAUAAUCGUUCAGCAUUAUCAACAAUACAAUCUCCUAGUCAAGAUAUUCCACCUGCUUUACCUCCACGUAAACCAAUGGAUAAAAAGAACAGUGUUCAAAUGUCAUCAGUUAUAUUAAAUCCAUCUGUAUUUAAUAAGUCUUCAUCACAAAUAUCAUCCAGUACAGUCGAUGAUACAUCAUCAUCCUCGAUGGUUCCCACUCGUGUUUUAACUAGCAAAGAGAUUAGUACAAGUUUGGUUAAUUUAAUGGGUACGGCAUCGGAUUCACUCAGUGUGAAUAAUCCAGCACAGACAUCCACACAAGAAUCUCGAGUAUGUAUUAAAUUUCUAUUUUCCUUUUUUUAA